AUGUAUGAGUGCAUUCUGCUUCCCCUUCUGGGUGCCAAGCCUCCCCCGCACAGUCUCUUCCUCCUUAUAGAUUCAGUGGAUGAGGGCUGUAACAUUGCAGAAGGUGACCAGACAUCUGCAAGCCUAUCUGGAACCAUUGCCGAGCUUCUAGCUAGUCACUAUGAGUUUUUUCCUCCAUGGCUGCUGCUCCUGUGUUCUGCCCGGAAACAGAGCAAAGCUGUUACAAAAAUGUUUACUGGCUUUCGAAAAAUAAGCCUUGAUGAUCUCCGAAAGGCAUAUAUCGUGAAAGAUGUUCAACAGUAUAUUCUUCAUCGCUUGGAUCAAGAAGAAGCUCUAAGACAACAUCUCACAAAAGAAACUGCAGAAAUGCUGAAUCAGCUUCACAUUAAAAGCAGUGGAUGUUUUCUGUACCUAGAACGUGUCCUAGAUGGAGUAGUGGAAAACUUCAUCAUGUUAAGAGAAAUCCGUGAUAUUCCUGGAACACUUAAUGGCCUCUAUCUUUGGCUUUGUCAGAGGCUUUUUGUAAGAAAACAGUUUGCAAAGGUCCAACCUAUUUUGAAUGUAAUUCUUGCUGCUUGUAGGCCACUGAGUACAACUGAAUUGUUUUAUGCAGUAUGGACCAAAAACAUGGCAUUGUCUAUGGAAGACUUCCAACGCAAACUAGAUGUUUUGUCAAAAGUUCUUGUUGAUGGGCUCGGAAACACAAAGAUACUUUUCCACUACAGUUUUGCAGAAUGGUUGCUGGAUGUAAAGCACUGUACUCAGAAGUAUUUGUGUAAUGCAGCAGAAGGACACAGAAUGCUAGCAAUGAGUUACACCUGUAGGGCUAAGGAUUUAUCUCCACUAGAGGCUCAAGAAUUUGCUUUGCAUCUAAUUAAUUCAAACUUGCAAUUGGAAACUUCAGAGUUAGCUUUGUGGAUGAUCUGGAAUGGUACGCCUGUCAAAGAUUCUUUGUCAACAUUAAUCCCUAAAGAACAGGAAGUCUUACAGUUGCUCGUAAAAGCUGGUGCUCAUGUCAACAGUGGAGAUGAUCGGACAUCUUGUAUUGUACGGCAAGCUUUGGAAAGAGAAGACUCCAUUCGAACUUUGUUAGAUAAUGGAGCUUCAGUAAACCAGUGUGAUUCAAAUGGGAGAACGCUGUUGGCCAACGCUGCAUAUAGUGGCAAUCUCGAUGUCGUCAAUUUGCUUGUUUCCAGAGGAGCGGAUUUAGAGGUUGAAGAUACACAUGGCCAGACAGCGCUUACUUUAGCUGCUCGGCAGGGGCAUACCAAGGUUGUCAAUUGUUUGAUAGGAUGUGGUGCUAAUAUAAAUCACACUGAUCAUGAUGGCUGGACAGCACUGAGAUCUGCAGCUUGGGGUGGGCACACUGAGGUGGUUUCUGCACUUCUGUACGCUGGAGUGAAAGUAGACUGUGCCGAUGCAGACAGUCGUACAGCUUUGAGAGCAGCAGCCUGGGGAGGGCAUGAAGAUAUUGUGCUGAAUCUGUUGCAACAUGGAGCUGAAGUCAACAAAGCAGACAAUGAAGGUAGAACUGCUUUAAUUGCUGCAGCAUACAUGGGUCAUAAAGAGAUUGUGGAGCAUCUGCUGGACCAUGGUGCAGAAGUAAACCAUGAGGAUGUAGAUGGAAGGACAGCUCUGUCUGUUGCUGCUCUUUGUGUACCUGCUAGUAAGGGGCAUGCUUCAGUUGUGAGCCUUUUAAUUGACCGGGGUGCUGAGGUGGAUCAUUGUGACAAAGAUGGCAUGACUCCACUGCUGGUGGCAGCCUACGAAGGGCAUGUAGAUGUUGUUGACUUGCUUCUGGAAGGUGGAGCAGAUGUGGAUCACACUGAUAACAAUGGUCGCACGCCCCUUCUUGCUGCAGCUUCAAUGGGCCAUGCUUCAGUUGUAAAUACUCUGUUGUUUUGGGGGGCUGCUGUGGAUAGCAUUGAUAGUGAAGGACGGACAGUUCUUAGCAUAGCCUCUGCACAAGGUAAUGUUGAAGUAGUACGGACUCUGCUGGAUAGAGGAUUAGAUGAAAAUCAUAGAGAUGAUGCGGGAUGGACACCUUUGCACAUGGCAGCUUUUGAAGGACACAGAUUAAUAUGUGAAGCGCUUAUAGAACAAGGUGCCCGAACAAAUGAAAUUGAUAAUGAUGGGCGGAUAGCUUUCAUAUUGGCAGCCCAGGAAGGUCACUAUGAUUGUGUGCAGACCUUACUGGAAAAUAAAUCUAACAUUGAUCACAGAGGCUAUGAUGGGAGAAAUGCUCUCCGUGUUGCUGCUUUAGAAGGCCAUAGAGAUAUCGUUGAGCUGCUCUUCAGUCAUGGAGCUGAUGUGAACUACAAAGAUGCUGAUGGCCGGCCAACGCUUUACAUUUUGGCUUUAGAAAACCAGCUCACGAUGGCUGAAUAUUUUUUAGAAAAUGGUGCAAAUGUAGAAGCAAGUGAUGCUGAAGGAAGGACGGCACUUCAUGUUUCCUGCUGGCAGGGCCAUGUAGAGAUGGUACAGACGCUGAUAACGUACCAUGCCGAUGUGAAUGCAGCAGACAAUGAGAAGCGAUCGGCUCUACAGUCUGCUGCAUGGCAAGGCCAUGUCAAGGUGGUUCAGCUUUUGAUUGAACAUGGAGCCCUGGUUGAUCAUACAUGUAAUCAAGGUGCUACUGCUCUCUGUAUUGCAGCCCAAGAAGGGCACAUUGAUGUAGUGCAACUAUUACUGGAACAUGGUGCUGAUCCAAAUCAUGCAGAUCAAUUUGGGCGCACAGCUAUGCGUGUGGCUGCUAAAAAUGGGCACAUGCAGAUCAUUAAAUUAUUGGAAAAAUAUGGUGCUUCUACUCUAAAUGGUUGCAUUCCAUCUCCAGUCCAUACGAUGGAGCAAAAACCUUUGCAAUCAGUGUCUUCAAAAAUGCAAUCCUUAACAAUUAAAUCAAAUAGUUCAGGGAGCACUGGUGGAGGAGAUAUGCAGCCUGCUUUACGUGGCUUUUCAAAUGGGCCAGGUCACGCUUUUAGUUCUCCUUCUGAGUCUCCUGAUUCUACAGUUGAUCGGCAGAAGUCCUCUCUAUCCAAUAAUUCCCUGAAAAGCUCAAAAAACUCUUCUCUUCGCACCACCUCAUCUACAGCAACUGCCCAGACAGUACCUAUUGAUAGUUUCCAUAGUAUGUCCUUUACAGAACAAAUACAGCAGCAUUCAUUGCCUCGCAGUAGAAGUAGGCAGUCCAUUGUUUCACCUUCUUCUACUACUCAUUCCUUAAGUCAGAAUCAUAGUUCACCAAACAGUGAAUUUGAGUGGAGCCAAGUGAAACCCAGCUUGAAGUCAACAAAACCAAACAAAACAGGGAAAACGGAAAACUCCAGCAAAUCUGGGUCUACAGGGAAAAAAGUGAAACAGAGCACUGCUUCCCAACCAAAAGUCCUAGAAUAUGAAAUGACUCAGUUUGAUAAACGGAUACCUGUUGCCAAAUGUGGAACCAGUAUGCCACUUAAAUCAAUGUCUACAGACACUCAGUGCAAAAUUUUGGUCCCUCCUGCUCAGUCAGAAAUCUGCCGAUCACAACAGCAGUUCCUGAUCCACCAACAAAGUGGGGAACAGAAAAAGAGAAAUGGAAUAAUGACAAAUCCAAACUACCAUCUUCAGAGCAAUCAGGUGUUUCUUGGCAGAGUUUCAGUCCCACGAACAGUACAGGAUCGGGGGCACCAGGAAGUUUUGGAAGGCUACCCUUCAGCAGAGACAGAGCUAAGCCUCAAACAAGCCUUAAAACUCCAAAUUGAGGGGAAUGACCCGAGCUUCAACUAUAAGAAGGAAACGCCAUUAUAAAAGGGCAGUUCCAUAACACCAUCAAUAGAAUGAAGAGCUUCUGCCUGCAAUGAUUUGUCAACUGGGCUGGGAUUAAAGCAUGUCUUGCUUGUCAAACCACCUUGAAAAUUACGAAUGUGAUCACUGCAGUAGGGUUACUUUGAUUACUGUAAUGUGCCUAAAAGUUUAAGGCUGCCUUCUCUGUGUAACCUCCUGUGCUUCAGAAACUUUAUUUUGUGUAUUUUGUACUUAAUACACAGAAUAAGCACUUUUUUUCUUUCUUUAUAGCAGAACAGUAUAUGCUGUACUUCUCUGACACAGCUGAAAAAAAUUAAGUGCUAGGAAUUUUGAAUUUCCUGUUCAAGAAGGCUUGAUCAGUGUACACAUGCCACAGUGGACUGUAUGUUGAAAAGCAAUGCUUUCUGUGUUUAUUUUGUAUUCAUGUGAUAAAAGAAAGUGGAAAGUCAUCAAAAGAUGAGGAAUGUCCUGUGUAAUCUUAAAGACUAACCACUUUUAAUAACAGGCAUUAUUAAAGACCCAUUGAACCAAAGCCAAUUGCUCCACUCAGUUCCUUCUGUUAUCAGCAGGGAUGUGGCCUGAGUUUGAAGUAGUUAUAUUUUAAGGUUCCACAGGACUUAGCUUUUUUGCUGCAGCACACUAGAGGCAGGCUUACAUGGUCAAAAAUCCACACAGAAGCUCUCAAGCAUUGCCACAAAUAGCAAUGCCGACAAAGCAGCAAUAAAUGCAAUUUUGGCAGGCCAAAAACUACUUCUGCAGCCAGAUACAAAUGUCAGAUCAUGUAGCAGUGGAGGAGUUGGCUCACACAUUAUUCUCCACAUGAGCACACACAUACACCCAGCUCCUGAUGCUGAUUUUGAGCAUGUGAAUUGAUUGCAACAGGGCUGCUCUCUGUACCUGUAUUUGCAAUGCCAUCAUGUAUAAUCAGUUUCCUGUGUAAUUCAAAAUUUUCUCUCAAGCGAAUCUUGUGACAGUGUUGGCUAAAGUGCAGAAGUGCAGUACUUGUGUUUACGUUUGGUAAGUAGUGGAGGGAAGACGGUAGUACAAUUCACUACUCCUACCAUUCCUUGUAGAAGUGUAUCCAUAAGGCAGCAAUGCUUAGUUCUUCACUUUACCCACUGAAUGAGAUUAAUUUGUAUUCAGCCCUUCUCUGCCUGUAUUAUGAGGCAGUUGCUCAAGCACCUGUUCCAGGCACUCUUCAGCCAGCACCUUGCCUAGCCCCAGGUUUUUUAAGGAAAGGACACCUAGCCCGGUGCCAGAACCACAUUAUUUGCACACAGAGGGUUCCAUGUUCAUUCUCUAGCAUAUCACCUGCAACACUAAGAACAUUUCUGGGCAGUAAGCCUUAUUGAAAAUAAUGGGGCUUGCUUCUGAGUAGACAUGACUAGGGUUGCUCUCUUUCAAUUAUUUGCCUAACUCCGGCUUAGGAGCCACGUGUGACUCCUCUAAGCAUUGGUCCCUAAUGUGGCACCUGCCCCAUGUUUUAUGAACGUGGGCACGGUCUUGUGGUUGGUGUGCGGUUUCCACCUUGAAACAGCCACUGUUGACGGAAUGUGCAAGUAAUGAGCCCCCAUGACAUUCGUGUCUCAUGCCAGGGGUGGAGGUAAAUGUGGCUCUUUGGACUGAUGGUGACUGCAGAUGUGGCCCUCCAUGUGGCGUGGAGUGAGUGCCACUGACCCAACAAAACUGAGGAAGUCAUUUUCCUGAAAACCUUGUGCACUGCUGCCUGUCUGAGUGCUGGUCUGAAAGGACCUAUAGUCUGAUACCACAUAAAUCAACUUCAUGUGCUCUUUCAAAAUAUUGUAAAACUGGAUUUUACAUACCCAUUAAGCCUUAGUUGCUUUUGUCUCAAAUGUAAAUAAAACAUUUUUUUGUGGCUGGAGAUGAAUAGAUGUAUAUACAAAAAGUGUCCAUAUACAUAUAUGGCAGGAGUCACCUGGGAAAGGACACAGUUUUGUCUCCCAAUGUGUCCCCGGGCAUACUCUUUCAUUUCUCCUGUAUAAGUGAACAGUUGCCCUUUUUUCCAGGAGUGGAGGGGGGAGUUUGCUUGGGGAUGCUGCUGAUUGAUCAAAAACUGCUUUUCACCCUCACACUGGAUGGCAUGCCUUCACUGAGACUGUGCACAAAGAAACAUUUUAAUGCCUUUCAAUAUCCACACAUGCACAUAUAGGUUCCUGCAAUAGUCCGGAUCCCCCUUGCCUGUCACAGCAACAGACAUAUUGCUAUUUCCUGGUAAUUCUAAGAUGAAUUGCUUGUAUCUUUCAGGAGAUUUGUAAAUUAAAUACUUGGGUACUCUUGCAGAUAGCUUCAAGAAUGGUGUUAAUGGCUUUAGUAAGGAUGCCAAAAUGUUACUGCCAGCUUGCCCUGAACCUGAGGUGCUGGGCAUUUGCAACACCACAUAAGAAUACAGCUCUUCUUUCUUAGUAGGUGUACGCUAUUAUUUGUAGAAAGACACCCCACAAGGUUGUUUUCCUCUCUGGAUUUCAGCUGUUGCUGAGAUUGUAUUUAUUUAAUUGUAUUGCUUUAUUACAUUGUGUACCUUGUGAGUAGAGGUUAAAACUUCUGGCCAUUUUCACAAGAAGGCUAUAUGUUGCAGAAUAAUACUGAAAUUAAAAUGAGCUGGUGGGGGUUAACCAUUACCAUGCCCAGAAAUCAGCUAAACAAAGGUCCAGCUGAUAUCUUCCAGAAUCAAAAUUAAAUGUUUCUGCACAUCUUCAGAGAUGCUUUGGAAUAUAGCAUGCUUUUUUCUCUGUUAAAAGUAUUCUCUUGACAAGAGUGUGAGAUUGUCCCGCAUUGCUAUAGUAUUUGCUUUUUAAUACAUUGCCACUCUCAGAAAGUAAUCAUCUUGAAAUAAUGACAGUUCUGGAUUUUUCCUUCCAAUUGUGACUUGUUGGUUGCAGUUCAGUUCUACUAAACCGUGACUUGAUGGUGCUGAUCAGCUGUGAUUGAACUGAAUUUGAGACCAUCUGACUUCACCAUUCCGUAACUCUCUGUAUGUCAUGUCCUCUUUUACACUCGUCUUUUCUUGAUCUUCUUCAAAGCCAUCACACAAGGGUAAUAAGGAAGGGGUCCUAAUUUUGUGACUUGCAGCACUUGUAGCUGUACCAUGUGCUUGCCAAGAAAGCUGCCUUAAAAGGGAAGUAAAUGGCAAAUUUUGUCUAUCCAAAUCUAACAAUGUUAUGGUAUAGUUAUCCACUUUAGUCCUUGUUCAAGGUCAGUAUUGGAAAAUGGCUUUGAUUUACUUACCCACAGAGUUUUCUCUUGUCAGUUACGCUGCUAUGCAAAUGUCUGUUGAUGCUUGACACCCUCCAUUUGGAACUCUUCAAACGACUUGGUGGUGCACAGAUAAGACUCCCUCCCCCCCAAUUUCCUGGACUGGGUUGUAA